UGAUGGACUUUUUUCUUUUGGUAUUGGAAAUCAGGAACAAUUUAUCAACCUUUACAUUUCCAGUAGGGGAACUUGUUCAUUGACGCUAGUAUAGUGGGAGAAACCUUAUACUAGUAUGCUUUCACACAUCGAUCGGGGUUCACUGUACAGAAUUGUGUAUGGAGAUUAAUUCCCUGCUUCCCCUGGAUAUAGGGAUGAACUGGAGUGGAGGUGCUAUGACUUUACAUUUGUACGAGUAUCUGAGGAAGCAGACAGCAAACUACAGCCGUAAUACUAGCGAUCAUGAAUGGAUCGGUGACUUCGGAACAGACACAUUCCUCAGGAAUUCCAGGAUAUUUUAUUCUUACUUUACGCCUGUUAUUCUCAUUGUGGGAUUUGUAGGCAAUCUAUUAUCGCUCUACGUAUUCUUAUCCAGGAAUAUGAGGGGACUCUCCGCUAGCACGUACCUAGCGGCGUUGUCGACGUCAGAUCUUUUGACGUUGAUAUUUUACGUUACUGUGGAAUGGCUAAGGAGAGGGCUGAUGUAUUUGAAGACGGAUAUUACGCUCACAUUUAUUGACGUCGAUGGGCCGUGCCAAUUUCAGCUGUAUAUGUCCUAUAUGUCCCGAUUCCUCUCAGCCUGGUUGGUGGUCGCCUUUACGGGAGAGAGAUAUAUUGGGGUGUGUCAUCCUCUACGGAGACGGGACAUUUGUACAAAAAGUGGAACACGACGAAUAGUGGGUUCAAUAUUUGUGAUUUCUGCAGUAGUUGUGUUAUAUAAGCCAGUUCUGAGUGCUAUAUAUGUAAGCUCAGACGGUAGGCACUACUGUACCACAGACAGAGACUAUGAUUUUGUGUCUUUUAUUUUGGAUAGCAUUUAUGCUGUGUUGAUUACUCUCGUUCCAUUUAUUAUCAUUACAGUAUUAAAUAUUUUAAUCAUGCGCAGACUUAUCAUCAGAAACAAACGUAAGCGAGAAUGUAAAAUUGUUACGGAAGAAAGCAUCAUUAGGCUAGAAUUCACAAUUAUCUUGUUAGCAAUCUCAUUUUGUUUUAUUGGUCUAAACAUUCCAUUCUUUGCCGUGUGGUUUCGAAAUUUCCUUCAUUCCAAAUACAUAUCUAGUGUUGGGGUUCUUGAACACUACUCGGCGGACUUUGAAUUCUGGCAAGGCGUGCUUUACAUUACAAGGACUAUCUUCUACAUAAACUACUGCAUCAACUUCUUCCUUUACAGCAUUACUGGGGCUUACUUUCGCAGGGAAGUCAAAAUGUUGUUCACGUAUCAUUCGUUGAAGAGAGACUCCUCUUAUAGCAGGUGCUCGUUACGGAACUCUCGCUCUAAUUCCCAGACUCCGCAGUCUUAUCUGUGAAUCAGUUAGAACAUCCAAAGUCCACUUCAUCGAAUACUAUACAAAUUAAUUUCAGAAGGAAAUUAUUUCUUCUAUGACAAGGCUUCUUAACUUGAAGGGUAAAUGUCGGACACAUUUACUAUUUCAACACAGCGGGGAUCCUCGUGUUCUUGUUUUCCGAGGACUUCUGAUUAGAAGAUAACUCCAGAAUUAAGCCGAUUCCUGGCAUCUUUGACAAGAAUAACUGAUAUUAUUAAUGAAAAAUAGGUAACUGUUACGAGUUUCACUGACAUAGUGCAAAAAGUUCAUAUAAUCAAGGACAUGCUUGAUAAAUACUUAAUUUUGGUGGAAAUAUUAUUUUACGCCUUUCAAGGCAGCUAAAAGUGUUUUAAUUUAAGUUCACGCUAAUAUGUAAUUAAAGCUAAUACAGUGGGACGCUUGUUCGAGCAAAGCACUGUUGACUAUAAUACGCUAAUUGGUUGUUGAAAUUUUGUGCUAUUUUGUAUACGUUUAAAGAUGUAUCAGCUUUUAAUAAACAUAUUCCAAAUUUUCCUUAUAAUUAUUUCAAUGAAAUAUAUUUUGAACAUAUUUAUUUCUUCCUAUAAUGUAUAGAAUUCUAACUUCUCUAUU